UCGGACUCCUAUGCCAUUACCCGAUAAAAUAUUUUAUCCUAUGGCGAGGUGUUUGGUUUGCAUUUUUAUUCCUUUAAGUGGUUUAUUUUAGGACUUUAAGAUUUUUUUCAUUAAUUCGUUGAAUUGCUCCCAAGGGAUUAACCUCAAGGACCAAUUUUAAACUUCACCUACAAUGUAUAACAAUACGGGAUACCAGGGAUAUGAUCCAUAUCAAUAUUCCUAUGCAGCAGCAGCAGCUUCAUAUUAUGCUGGUUAUGGUUAUCAGCCUGUUCCUCCAGGGGGAGAGGCUUACCAGCAGCAAGGGUGGAAUCAGGUAGGAAGUACUGAGUAUAUCCAACCACCACCACCCACCAGUAAUACUUCCACCACAGAACAGCAAAAAACUGAAGUGGUGCACGAGAUACAGCAGCAAAAGGCGACUUUAACCAAACAGCGGGAAGAUUACGUGAAAAAGGCGGUCGUAUUGCGACGUGAACUGGACCAACUGAAACAACAAAAACAGGAUUUGAAUGGAGACGAACGGGCGGAGAAAGAAUUGAGAUCUGUAUUAAGAGAAAAUGAAAAAUUACAGGAUGAAAUUCAAGGAAAGCUUAAGGCAAUACUAAACGUAAUAGAGAUGCUUUCAAGUAUAAUAAAAGAUGGCAAAAAAGCGUCUGAUCUGGAAGCGGAAUUGAGUAGAGAGGAGAUUGAGGAGUCCCAUACACCUAAAAGAGAUCCUCCUAAUAAGGAAAACAGCAAAGGAAUGGAGAGAUCUCGGUCGGGUAGUCGAACCAGAUUAGAUAGAGAGAAAUCCGUACACUCUGAGAAAAUUACUGAUAUGAUUGGUAACGAGAAAUAUUGUUACGUAUAUUACGACACCGGCCUCCAUUGGUGUCGCGCCUGUGAUAAAUUCCCAGAAACCGCAAAAGAGUUUUUGCAGCAUCUGCACAGCGAUCAGCACCAAGAAAGGGCCAAAGAAAACGAAGUUGACACCACUCCGUGGCAUAAGUUGCCCGUAGAGCCUCUUCUGCCUAGUUAUGACGAUGCCCCUAAAAAAAGGAUACCAAUUAAAGGUUUACAAUUUUUUAUAUCCGCUCCAUCUUGGUAUUGUAAGCUGUGCGACGUCUGGAUUGGCGAUUUGCAUUGCGCUUCGCACCAUUUAAAGUCGCAGGCCCAUUUUCAAAAUUACGAGAAUUUCGUACACCAGAAUCCCCACUGGGAGACGGAAUGGCUAAAAGACAGAGACACGGCCAUGUCCCGGAAUGGCAAAAAACAGGAAAAAGAUUCCAGCGAUUCCGAUAGCGACGAUAAGCAGAAACAUCACAAGCGUAAACGCUCACACGAAAGCUCGAAAGACAAGAAAAAGAAAAAGCGUUCAAAAAAGAAGAAAAAAGCAGAUUCCAGCGAUUCGUCGAGCAGCAGCUCCAGCAGUUCGGAGAGUAGCUCCGAAGACGAGGAAACCAAAGGGGAUAAGGCGAAAAGUAUUCGGGUGGCCAUGAGAAACAUGCAACAGGUAAAAUCCAUAAUGGACGAGGAUAUGUCCAAAUGGUCCGUACUGGAAAAACUAAUGGAAGAUGUGCGUAAAAAGGAAUCUAAAAAAGAGGACAAUAAGCAAGAAGACGAGCUGAUUAACCAGUGGAUGAGUGUGGCGAAUCCUGUGGGCGAAAAGGAGAAAAAUAUGCUGGAAACCCUGAAAGAUAGAAUGAAAGCAAAACACGAUGUUGAAAAAGCGAAAAUUGCCGAACAAGAGAAACGCCGCAGAGACAAGGAGCUCGAGGAGAAGGAAAUGUACGAGAGGAAACUGAGACAGGCUCGAGAGGAGACCGAAAGGGCGGAGAGAGAGCUGAAACGUAAAGAAAUGGAGUACAAUAAGGUGCUAGACAAGGAUAGGGGACACGUCAAGUUUAAGCCUUCAAGGGACAAUUUUAGGAGACAUAGAUCUUCUAGUAUCGAAGAGGAUGAAAGAGCGUCUAGACAAUCUAGGGAGAGAGAUAGUCGAAGUCGUCCUAGAGAGAGCAGAGAUAGGUCGCCUCAAUUUAGGCCAAGAAGGCCGACGGAUAAUCACCGGGAUCGAAGUCCGGACGUAUUAAAUAAGGAUCAGGAUGACGCGAAGAGGAGACCGCCGGGUCCCCCUAGUUAUAAAAAGUUGCCGUUCAUAGGCAGGAUGCCACUAUUUAAGAAUAAAAAGGGCCAGAAACCGGUGGAGAAAGUGAGAAAAGAGGUCGCCAAGCAGGAUUAUGAACCUACUAGGAAGACUAGGUUCGAAAGUGGAAACUUAACGAGAGCUUUUAUUCCGCGGCCGGACGUCGUAUGUUUCCCGGUGUUGACCACGUUGCCGCCCAUUUCGGCACCGCCCGAACCGACCGCGGUCGAGCAAGUCGUCUCCAGGACGCCCCAAAUUGAUUACGUACCGAAAGUGACGAAGCCGCCCGAGCCCCCAAAACUCGCGGCACCGAGCCCUCCUCCACCGCCGCCCAUCGAGGAAGAGGUUUAUUAUGGUGCCGAACCGGCCCCGCCGCCCCCUGAAGGUCCCGAAUACUACGACGUCUAUCAACAGGAGAAUUCUUAUGAAGAUAGUCUGCCGCCCCCGCCGCUCGAACCGCCCCCGUUGCCCCCGGACGACGAUCUCGCCAUGUUGGGGAUAUGCGCCGACGAUAUGGCCGCCCAGACUUUUUAAUUUGUUUUUCCUUCGAUAAUUUUUUUUUUUGUAAUGAAAUAAGAUUCACUUUUAUAGUUUUUGCUGUUUUGUCACGUAUUUCUUAUGUAAUAGAUUAAUAUUAGUUAUUUUAGUGGUGGUGUAAAUUUUACGAUAAACUAAAAGAUAUAAAUAAAUGGUUCUGUUCAUGACAA